AUGGAAGGAUCAACUGGCAAAAAUUUUGGUGAAAAAACUGAAGAGUUGGAACAAAUAAAUAAUUUGGAUAACGAAUUGUGCUUUGUUCAAGCUCCAAAUAAAUGGAAGGAAAUUAAAGAAAAGAGUAAUGAAGCUCCUUGGUUUGUGGAGGAUUGUUGUGAAGCUAAAUGUAUAAAUACAAAAAACCCUGUUGGUAAUUGUGUUAAGAAAAAUGGUUUUGCUAAUUUGAUUGAUGAUGAAAACAUUGAAUAUAUUGAUGCUAAGAGAGAUGAUAAUUGUUAUGGACAUGAUAAAUCAACGACAAUUUAUGCUGAAAACUCAUUUAACAAACCAAAGGACAGUUCUAAUUAUUCUUUGUUUUAUUAUGAAGUUAAAUAUAUUAGCAAAAUUAAGGAAGAGCAUAUUAAUUAUAGAAAAAUUAAUAUCGGCCUUGAAAAUUCAAAGAAUAGUUAUGCCAGAUUAGAUUUCGAUAUACAUGGUAGUAAAUAUAUCUGGUUUGAUAUUCAAAAUCAAGAAUGUUGCCUCAGACUUAAAAAUAUUCUUUGGAAUAACAAUGAUAUUUUUGGAUGUGGAUUAGUUUAUCCACCAUCUACUGCUAAUGACUUUUCUUAUAUUUUCUUUACUCAUAAUGGAGAACAAAUUGGUAUUAAAAUAUCCUGUACUUUUCCUUUAUAG